AUGUCAACCAAGCGAGUCGCUGCCCACUUGACAGAAGAGACUCUUGUGGAGUAUCGCCAAGCGUUCGAUGCGCUUGACAUGAACAACACAGGCAAAAUCAGUACUCUUGAUGUGGCAAUGUUAAUGCGAAAGUUGGGCUUGAUGCCUUCAAAUCUGGAGGUCGAGGAACUCAUAGUCGAAGUCGACAAAGAAAAGAAUUCUGCCCUCGAAGGGAUUAGCUUCGAACAGUUCUGUACUAUGGCCGCAUGGAAAUACAACGAGACGUAUACGGAAACCGAAAUCAUUGAUGCAUUUCGUACAUUUGAUUUAGAGAACAACGGCUUUAUCCCAGCCUCUGAUUUGCGACACGCUUUGUGCCAAAUGGGUGAGAGAUUAAACGACGACGAAGUGGAUGCAAUGAUUGAAAUGGCACAAGACGAAGAAGGGAAUAUUUAUUACGAGGACUUUGUCCGAAAGAUUAUGGCAGAUAUUUGA